CAAUUCAUCAUUUUGAAAAGUAAAUAGGAAUGAGCAUUGUCAAACAAACGACCAUUGAUCAUGCGUUAUCUUUUAUGCUUUUACGAAGAAGGAAGCAAGUUGUGCGGGCAUUGCAAGCUUGAUUCACGCAUAUUUUUAUUGAUUUCCGUUCGAAUAUCGGCAUCGGUUGUCGACGUAUAGCCGUGGAAGCAUCGGAGAUGCAGCACUGGUGAACACGCGAGAAAACAGUUGAUGGCAAACAUGCAAAAUAAAAGGAGGCCUCACACGCCAAGAAUAAACUCAAUCAAGCCAGUCAGUCUCCCGACGAACCAUGGCGCACCUCGACACGCAAGCGAUGCAAAGUCUGAUGCAAUCUCAACGGGAAAUCCAACUUCGAGAUCUGCAACAAGUGCUUCGCAGAAGAUUUGGCGACGGCGUCGAUUUGCUCGACUUCUCGAGCGAAGCUCUGGUCAAACCCGGCGAUAAUUACGGCAGCACGAUGUUGAAAGUGACUGCGAGCGCAACGUUCAAUGAUCGCGACGGCGUCGAAAAACUGCAUUUGGUCGCCAAGAUGUUGCCAACGUCGCACUUUCAAAGAAUCGUUUAUCAGUGUAAUUUUACGGUAAAGAAGGAGAUUUUCGCCUUCGAAGAGAUGUUGCCGGUGUACAGGAGCUUGUACGUGGAGGAAUUCGAUGUCGUACCCAAGUUUUUCGGAGCGAGAUUGUCAGCUGAGCCGGAUACUUACGAAGUUGAUGACGAUGCUGUUAUAUUGCUGGAGAAUCUGAAAGAAGCCAAGUACGUUAUGGAGAAUAGAUUUAAAGGUUUAACGAUGGAUCAUAUGAGGAUAGCACUGCCAGCAAUAGCGCGAUUCCAUGCAAUCGGUAUGGCGAUUAAACAGAAGAAUCCGACUUUUUUCGCGAAAAUCAAACGAUACGCUCGACCACUGGACAUGCCCGACGCGAUGAUCAGUCCAUUGAUUAUCGGCAUGCAAUUGGUGAUAAAAAAGGAGCCGCAAUUAGCUGGGUACUACGAACGUGUGAUGGCAUUAUACAAGUGUGGCAAGACAGUCAACUGCUUUUUACAAACGACUCUUGAACCCGACGAUCCAUGGGCUUGCAUAGUGCAUCGAGAUUUGUGGAACAACAACGUCAUGUUCCACAUCGACGAGCAAUCUCAAAAAAUCGAUGCUUUCAAAUUCUUCGACUUUCAGAAUUACUGCUUCUCGAGUCCAAUGACUGAUUUAUUGUUUUUCUUGUUCUCCAGUAUGCAACGCGAUUUGGCUAACGUGAGCGAGGCUAUCGAAUUGUAUCGAGUAAGUGCUUAUGAAACGUUGGAAAAGUUAACGUGCGACGCGAGUUUAUUUGACCAAGAGACAUUUGAAGUGAGAUUGAAGGAAGACGCAAGAAGUGAAUUGUAUCACUCGAUACUUAUGGCAAGGACCGUGGAGUUGCGUAGUGUCGAGGAGUUCGUGCAGCCAACCAUCAAUGAGUUUUGCUUGAGGAGAAUACUGAGGAUUUUGGAGAUAUACGACGAUAAGAAGUGGUUUUAAUGAGAAAUUAUGUUUUGCG